UGCUCAACUUCGAGUGGAAAUACGAACUCGGCGGUAUCGCGUCACUAUGAGAUGAUGCGAUGGCUUGAACCUUACAUUGCCGAUGUGAACAGUAGUAACACACCUUCUAACACAAGCAGUAGUGCUCAACCAAAUAACGCAACUGCUGGAAGUACUACCCCGAAUGCUUCAACAUUACAAUCCUCUCAACAAACUAUCUCCAGUGCUCAGAAAAUGCCCGCUCCGAAAGAAGAAACGCUUUCGUGUUUUAUGAGCGAACCCGAUUUGGCAAGUCAGGAUGCGAAUGCAUCAGUUGUGGUUAGCACAUCAGAAGACGGAGUACUCUUGAACAGUUAUGAUCAGCCAGCGAACAGUCAAUCGACAACGCCACAGCAAGCAGCAAUACAAUCGGUGAAUGCACCUCCAGCACAUCAUGAUUAUGCCACCGUUCAGCAACGUUCUGCCGCAGUGCUACCGAAUGGUUCGAACACUCCCAGUAAUACUAAUACGAAAAAGAACAAUCAGAAAUCUACUACAGGACCUCCAUCUACAACAGGCAGUCCAUGCUCAUCAACGACAAGUAGUGAAAUAGAUGUCGGUUCAGUAACUACAUUCUCGAAUCAUCAGCCACAAACACAGCAGAUCACUAGUCCUCACCAGUCUAAUAUGCUGGUUUUAACGCCUGUUUCACAGCAACAACGGCCAGCUCCGACUCAACAGAUUGUAUACACGAAAACAGAUCCACAGCCAGCGAUCGGUGAGCCCAUUCAUACAGAUGACGGAAGUGUUGUGACUGUAACGGCAAGGGGUACAGCUCCAGUGGCUACAAUCUUAAAAAAGGAUCUUAAUAUAAGGACCAAUGAUGGCGGCACAUUGACCAUGUUCAUCGAUCCUACAACAUUCUACCAGCACGGUUCACAAAAAAUGUAUCGAUUGGUGAAUGUCUCAGAACUGAAUGCGGCUGAUAUGGCAGCGUUAACAAACGCAUCAAAUGUGACUACAGUCAAUAAUGUCUCAACAAAUAAUGACGUUAAAGUGCUCACCUCUGUACCGAUUCGCCGAAAGCGUCUCGCACCAACCUCGUCCGCCAGCGGCAUAUCGAACGGUCGUGGUCAACUGGGUGAUGAUCUCAUUCUGGAUGAUGGUAUCUCUGAAAAGACAGUCACCAUUGAUCAAACAUCGCAAUCGUCACUCGCAAAUGAUCGACUUUUAAUGGAUCAGCAUGUGGUGACUGUUGGCAGUCCAAACGUUGUACUGACUCAACCAAAUAUCCAUCAGGUACACCAUCAGGCACAUGCAGGCACAUCUCAGCAACAUGGAGGAUUAAAUGCGAGUGGUCAUCAUACUAUUACCCAACACAUCCCGUCGAAUACAGGUCAGUUGAGUACGGUGCAAAUCCGCCAACAAAGCGCGCAGCAAGUCUCAUCGCAGCAGCAUCAGUCCUCAACGCAGAGAUAUACGAUAGCACAAACUGCACCAACAAUAACAAUUCAACAGCCACAAUAUACGAUCUUAAGCAGUCAUCCCAUUCAAACACAAACCGAUGCUGAUAUUGCGUUCGCUAAUUCGAUUGCUUCUCAUCUUUCGAGACUCAACGAAGAUGAGAAAGCAGUGGCGAAGAUGAAUAUCCAACGGAUAUUAAUGGACGCUCGUUUCGGUAUGGGUGCGUGUGCACGUAUGAUCCACGAUGAAGAGUUGAAUGAAGCGUCUUCGAAUGCGAAUCAUCAAGUGAUCAACGUUAACGUCACGCACCAACGACAACAACACGUCGACGGCGGUGCAUCGGGCAGGUAA